AUGGCGGCAGACGACAUGAAGGUCGACCAGCCCGAGCAGGCCAUCGACGAGGGCCUCUACAGCCGUCAGCUCUACGUGCUCGGUCACGAUGCCAUGAAGCGCAUGGCCGCUAGCAACGUGCUCGUCGUCGGUCUCCGCGGCCUCGGCGCAGAGAUCGCAAAGAACGUCGCUCUCGCCGGCGUCAAGAGCAUCACCAUCUUCGACCCCACCCCGGUCUCCAUCUCCGACCUCAGCACACAGUUCUUCCUCCGCCCAGAGGAUGCAGCCGCCGCCGUCCGCAGGGAUCAUGCUACCCAGCCUCGCCUCGCCGAACUCAACACCUACGUCCCCAUCCGCGUGCUCGAGGAGUCCGAGCUCACCAAGGACGUGCUUGCGCGCUUCCAGGUCGUCGCCAUGACCGACGCCCUCUACGCAGAGCAGCUGCGCAUCAACGACCUCACCCACGCCACCUCCACCCACUUCAUUGGUGCCGAGGUCCGCGGUCUCUUUGGCUCCGUGUUCAACGACUUUGGCCCCGACUUUCUCUGCAACGAUCCCACGGGCGAGCAGCCGCUCUCGGGCAUGAUCGUCUCCAUCGCCGGCGAGGACGACGAGGGUCUGGUCACCACGCUCGACGAGACGCGCCACGGCCUCGAGGACGGCGACUACGUCACCUUCACCGAGGUGCAGGGCAUGGACGCCAUCAACGGCUGCCAGCCGCGCAAGGUCAGCGUCAAGGGCCCCUACACCUUCACCAUCGGCAGCACAAAGGGCCUCGGCGAGUACAAGCGCGGCGGCAUCUUCAAGCAGGUCAAGAUGCCCAAGCAAAUCGCCUUCAAGUCGCUGCGCGAGAGCACCGCCCAGCCAGAGAUGCUCAUCGCCGACUUUGCCAAAUUCGACCGCCCCGCCGCCCUCCACGCCGGCUUCCAGGCACUCUCGCAGUUCCAGCAGGCAAACGGCCGUCUGCCGCGUCCGCGUAACGCCGAGGACGCCGACCAGGUGCUCGAACUCACCAAGCGCAUCUUCCAGGCCUCGGGCCACGACGCCGCCGAUCUGCCCGAAAAUGUGGUGCGCGAGCUCGCCUUCCAGGCGCAGGGUGACGUCUCGCCCAUGGUGGCCUACGUCGGCGGCUUUGUGGCGCAGGAGGUGCUCAAGGCGUGCAGCGGCAAGUUCCACCCGCUCGUGCAGCAUCUCUACGUCGACUCGCUCGAGUCGCUUCCCGACUCGGUGCCCGGCCUGCCCGAGAGCGAGUUUGCGCCCGCCAACUCGAGGUACGACGGCCAGAUCGCCGUGCUCGGCCGCACGUUCCAGAACAAGAUCGCCAACGCGCGCCAGUUCCUGGUGGGCUCGGGCGCGAUCGGAUGCGAGAUGCUCAAGAACUGGAGCAUGAUGGGGCUCGGCAGCGGGCCCGACGGCAUCAUCCACGUCACCGACAUGGACACGAUCGAAAAGUCGAACCUCAACCGCCAGUUCCUCUUCCGCUCAAAGGACGUCGGCCACUUCAAGGCGGACACGGCGGCGGCGGCGGUGGCCGAGAUGAACCCGGACCUCAAGGGCAAGAUCCACAGCCACCAGAACCGCGUGGGUCCCGAGACGGAGGACGUGUACGGCGACGAGUUCUUUGCGUCGCUCACGGGCGUCACCAACGCGCUGGACAACGUGCAGGCGCGCCAGUACAUGGACCGACGCUGCGUGUACUACGAGAAGCCGCUGCUCGAGUCGGGCACGCUGGGCACCAAGGCCAACACGCAGGUGGUGGUGCCGCACCUCACCGAGUCGUACUCGUCGUCGCAGGAUCCGCCCGAGAAGUCGAUCCCCGUGUGCACGCUCAAGAACUUCCCCAACGCGAUCGAGCACACGAUCCAGUGGGCGCGCGAGCAGUUUGACGAGCUCUUCCUCAAGCCCGCCGAGAACGUCAACGCGUACCUGAGCCAGCCGGACUACAUUGAGACCACGCUCAAGUCGGGCUCGGGCGCCAAGGAGCAGCUGGACCAGAUCAAGCAGUAUCUGGUGGACGAGAGGCCCAAGACGUUUGAGCAGUGCAUCUACUGGGCGCGCAUGCGCUUCGAGGAGAACUACAGCAACGUCAUCCGCCAGCUGCUGCACUCGCUGCCUGCGGAUGCGGUCACGUCGAGCGGCCAGCCGUUCUGGUCGGGCCCCAAGCGUGCGCCCAAGCCGUUGACUUUUAAUGUCGACGAUCCGAUGCACCUCGAGUACGUGAUGAGCGGUGCGCUGCUGCACGCCGAGAACUACGGCCUCAAGGGCGAGGCGGACGCAGCGUUGUUCCGCAAGGUGCUGGGCUCGAUGACGGUGCCCGAGUUUGUGCCCAAGGACAACGUCAAGAUCCAGGUGAACGACAACGAGGCGGUGAACAACGCCGGCAGCGGAGGCGAUGGCGAUCUGACCGACGUGACGAGCAGCCUGCCCGAGGCGUCGUCGCUCGCCGGCUUCCGACUGCAGCCGAUCGAGAUGGAGAAGGACGACGACCUGAACCACCACAUGGACUUUAUCACCGCGGCGUCCAACCUGCGCGCGACCAACUACGGCAUCUCUCCCGCCGACAAGCACCAGACCAAGGGUAUUGCGGGCAAGAUCAUCCCAGCCAUCGCCACCACGACCGCUCUCGCUACGGGACUGGUCAAUCUGGAGCUGUACAAGCUGCUUGACGAGAAGAAGAGCAUCGAGGCGUAUUCGAACGCCUUUGUCAACCUUGCGCUUCCGUUCAUUGCAUUCAGCGAUCCGAUCGCAGCGCAGAAGCUCAAGUACAACGACACCGAAUGGACGCUCUGGUCGCGCUUCAAGGUGGAGCGCGACGUGACGCUGCAGGAGUUCCUCGACAUCUUCCAGAACGAGCACGGCCUCGAGGUGUCGAUGCUCAGCUCGGGUGUUUCGAUGCUCUUUUCGGCCUUCUUGCCCGCCAAGAAGCGCGAGGAGCGGCUCAAGAUGAACAUGUCGACGCUCAUCGAGACGGUCUCCAAGAAGCCCAUCCCGGCGCACGCGCACUGGGUGAUUGUCGAGAUCAUGGCCGACGACCGCGAGGGCGAGGAUGUCGAGGUGCCCUUUGUCGCCGUCAAGGUCAAGUAA